UAUUUUUUAGUUUAGAAAUGUUAUAAAGAUUUAUAUUAUCAAUAGUUUUGUCGAUUUUAUAUUAAUAUUACUUCGUAAUACACACAAGUAUCCAUGGUAUCAUAUGAUACAACUGUGCAGUUCAGAAAAUUAAUAAUAUGGAUUUAAAUGACAAGGACAUUGAAUAUUUAUUGGACUUUGACUUGCCAAGUGGUUCAGAAGCUAGUUUUUGUGACAGUGAUGACGAUAAUAAUGAUUCUGAUGGUAAUGGUGAUAAUAUAUUGUAUGAACAAAAUGACAAUGAUACUGAGGAAAUUGUACAUCCAACCCCUCAACCUAUUGAAGACUUCCUGGGUAAUAUAAACAGUGAAACAAGAUAUGAAUAUGAUGAUUUAUCAGCUAGCAUUUUUGUUAUGGAUGCCAAUGAUGUAGAUAACUAUGAUAAUUUUGUAAAUAAUAUCAGACAACAAUCACAGCAUCAAAAUAAUGAAGUAGAAAAUAAUACUCCUGUUGAUGAUGCAUUUGCCUUUAGCCCUUCCACGUCCAGCGAUAAAACUUACCCAGAUAGUUCCAUGUGAUUUCCCUGUUUGCCCAGAGUGUAUGGAAAGUUACCAUACCAAAACACCAGUAAAAAUUUGAGACUUAAAUAUACUUACUAUACCAAAACUUUAAUUUUAAGUAAAAAAGGAGGUUCCUAUAAAUAUUGUUUUUGGUUUAUUAUUUUAUUAACAUUGUUAUGUUUUGUAUAAGCUUUUACUCUACUACAUAAAAAUUUUAA